CCCCCUCCCCAACAGCGCUUUCCCUCUUCUCCACUUCUCGCAGCCUGAGUUUCUGUCUAUCGGUGUUGUUGUUGAUGCGAUGAUGGCGGCAGCGGGAUGCGGAUCAGCAACCGCGGCUGCCGUUGUGGGCGCGGCGCGGGGUCGCUUCCCCGGUCGGCCUUGGUCGUCGCGGAGCCGUUUGCGUUCGGAGAAGCGAUGGCAGCUCGGCCGCUCUGGGACAGAUCUUGACGAGAUCUCCUCCAACGGAGGCCCGAGGCCCACCUGCCUGGUGCUCGCGCUGAACGAGGACCAGUCUCACUUGUGCCUUCUCGGGCUUGAGGCAAGCUACAAGAGCCUGGUAGAGGCUGGAUACAGCUCGAGUGGGAGCGAGGAGGGAGCUGAAUUCAAAGGCUUUGAACCUGAAGAUGAAAAUAGCAGUGCCCCGGUUCCUACUGGACGAAAUGCAUGUACACGUGAUCGUGUUUCAGCAAAGUCGUCAAAGAGGAUACGUCAAAGGCGGUCUCUUCCAGUGUCCCCUUUGAUGGGAAGCACAGGUUCACAAGAUCCUCAAAAUGAUUCAGGUUCUGUUCAGCAACUCCACAGUCAAGAGUCUCUGAAGGACACAUCAGUAGAUGAUGGUGGUGGUGGUGGUGAUGGAGGAUCAGAGAAGUGCACCAGAAGUAAAAGAGGAUCGACAAAACAGGAGACCCAGUCAGCUCCGAGAAUCACAAUCAAGUUGGUGGCUAAAAAGAAAGUAGUAACACUCCCUUCAGUGCAACGUAAAUCUGGUAAAAAACAAAAGGAAAUCAAAUCUGAAGUUACAGAGAGUCAGUGUGCCCAAAUCUCAAGUGCUCAUGUGAAAUUAAAGACAAAUGUAGCAGCCAGUGAAUGCAGUGCUGGUGAGGCAAAGGAGGAGGUUUGCACUAGAAGGCGAGGAAGAUCUGCUGAUAAAAAAUCAGAAUCCACUCCACAAACAAAUACUGAAAAAGAUGCCAGUGAGCAAAAACUGAAGCUGAGGAAAUCAACUCGAAGGUCUCAAAAUCCACUGCCCAGUGAAAGCAUAAAGCCAAAACCUGAUGAAAAGUCAGCACAAAAAGCAUCAGAGGUAAAUAAGCUUGUGUUUAGGAAGCAGCGCAGAAGGUCCUCAAAUGUUCCACAGGAAUCUGGUGACCAGAGUUUAGCAGAGUCGCUGUUGAAGGGCUCCACAGUUGAUGAAUCCAGACUACCUUCAAAGAAGAAAAAAGAUAAAAAGAAAAAGAAGAAGAAAAAUCGCAAAGAAUCUGAAAGGAAACGGGAGCCUCAUUCACCAUCAUCGAAAGAUCUUGGCCCUUCAGCUGAUGAUCCUCAAAAGCUCGCUUUCGACAAUGAUUUUGUCGGAAUUCCGGGUCUGAGACUAACCAGGAUACGGAACCCAAAAGCCCGGUCUCGCAAGAAACGCUGCAAGUUUGUGUGGACUCUCACUCUGGUGAAAAGCAAAAGCAAAGAUUCCCAAAUCCAAGAGAAUCUAAGUAAUCCUCAAGAAAGUAAAAGCAAAGAUUCCCAAGUCCAAGAUGAUCUCUGCAAAACACAAGAAAUCAAAAGCCAAGAUUCUCAAAUCCAAGAGAGUCCGAGCAAAGUAGAUGAAAGCCCCAACACAGAGGCAGAACUUCCUGCUAGAUGUGAUCAGGAAGUAGAUGUUUCUACAGAAGCAGAAUCCACAUCCACUCCUUCCAACAUUUUGGAAAUUGGCUCUUCGCAGGAGUCACAAAGCGUAGAGAACACUGUCAGUGCUGUAAUUCCUGAAAGCACAGAGAGUCCCGUGGCCGUUGAUAAGGUUGAGGAGACCCCAGAAAAGGAAAGCGAGGAGGUUCUUGAAAGGUCAGUAAUUGCAGCUGAAGCACAUCCAGAAGAGGCCACUCAGACGGACCCUGAAGAGCUAAUCAGUAAGGAUACCAUUCCACCACUUCAAAUCAAAGUUGUCUCCUCACCAGGUAAGAAAAACAGUCUAAAGCAGUCCUUUUUAAUUCAGCAAGUCACAGCCUCACCUGAAAGAAAAGAACCCACAAAUAUUGAAGACCCUCAGCAUUCAGAGAAGAGUGAGAAUGCGUUGGAAAUUACUGCUGCCACUCCCGCCCCCAAAGUAAGGAAAAGGUUACGUCAAAACACUGCUCGGAAGAAGCGUGCAAAACAUAAACACUGGACGAUUUACAGGCGAAAAUGUAAACUGAAUGCACCUCAAGAAAACCUCGCUUCUGAAACUGCAACUGAAACAGAAUCUCAGGUGGAGGAAUCACCAGUAUCACCAACAGCAGUGCCAGCACCUGUAAAAUCCAAACCAAAUAGGCAUUCGAGUGAAGUUACGCAUAAAAAAGGUAAAAGGUCAGUUCCACCAACUACAGAACCAUUACCUGAAGUUGCAGAACCUCAGGUCAUCAAACAAACUGUUGAAUCCCCUCCAACCAGCCCAUUUCUUGGGUCAGAACCCCAGCCGGAAAUAAAACUUGAGACCCCAUCAAUUGAAACUGAAGAGGUUCUAGUAUUAGAGCCUUCCAUAAAAGAUCACCCACAGGUACUUCGUCCUUCACGCAGACGAAUGAAACGGGUCAAACGAAGACGAAAAUCUUUGAUUGGCAGGCGGAUUAAAAACUCUAAAUUGCAAAAGGAGUUGUUUGAGGUUAGUGAAGCCUGCCCACCGAUGACGGGCUCUGAAGUAGAGGAGCCUAAACUCUUUGGUAUAUUCUCAACAAAGUACAAGAGGAAGCGAAUAUCGAGUCUUCAGUCAUUAGAGGGUAGACGGAAAAAGGCCAAGCUCUUAUCAAAGCAGCUGGGAAACACCAACGGAGAUCAGCUUUCUGAUCAGACAGAAAUGGAUUCUGUGAUUGUGAAAACGGACCAAGACCAGGACAUCCAACAAAGCAAAACGAAGUUCAUGAAGACCAUUAGACAUUUCAUAAUGCCAGUCGUGAGUGCCCGAUCCUCUCGGGUUAUCAAAACGCCAAAGAGGUUCAUGGAUGAUCUUGGUAUGUCAGACCUUCCUCGCAAGAACUCCCAAAAGAAGCUUGGCCUACAACCAAAAUCAAAGAAGUGUGAUUCUAGUGAAAAAGGUGAACCUGAAUCCCUUCAGUCAAAGGAUGAAGAUAACAGUUUGAGUGAAGCUGAUCUUGAUUUGUCUUCCACUUGGGAAUCAAAACCUAAAUCACCCGAUGAUGCCGAGAUCUUCAGUGAGGAGAAGCAGUCUGGGAAAAGACGAUCGCUACUCAGAGAUCCCGGUUUCAAAUGGGGAGUGCUGGAGCCUGCCACUGACGAUGUCUAUGCCUUCAAUGAAGAUCUUGACAAGGAGUUGGAGACCUUGCUAUCUGCCAAAGAUUUAACCGUGGACCCAUUUCUUGAUCCUGUCCAAAAGAAGAAAAAGUCCACCAAAUUCAAAGCGCAAUCAUCAAAAUUUAGGUUAUACAAAAAGCUUAAACUCAAACAGAGCCUGGCAAGGCGUAAAAAGGCCCCAAAGGACAAAAUGGUACAAGUUGUAUCUUCCCCUGCUAAGCCACAGAAGAAGGAGUUGGAAGAAGGGGUCAGUCUAAUAAAGUCUCUCAGAGACAUGAAGAAGGAAAAAGCAAAACUCAAGAUUGAGGAUCUCAACAGCCCUGGGGUUGUUCGCAAAGUCUCCAUCUGUGUCCGAGCUCUGAGUGCCAAGUUGCUGGCACAACACCAGGCAAAAGACAUCCAAGAGGAUGACCUGCCAGAUGAGUUCUCCAUUCAUACAGACAUCUCACUUCCAAAUAAAUGCAAAGACUUUGAUGAGAUGCAUCACGCAGAAUCAGAAGGGCGGGUUUCUGAGGACACUCUGAAACAUGCCACUGACGUUGAGGAGAAAACUGCCACUCAGCGCCCUCGCCUUACAGGAGCCAACAAGCGCAUGUUCAACCUCCUCAAGAAAGCCAAGGUUCAGCUCAUCAAAAUAGACCAGCAGAAACAGCUGAAAUCAUCUGGGCUCUUGCCAGAGGGUAGAAUCACUGCCACAAAGAGACAGAGACGAAAACCAAAAGAGCGGCUUGAAAAUGCCUGUCCCAACAAGACUGACGCUUCUCCAGAGCAGGAACCUGCCAGAGGAGGGCCUCGCAUUAAGCAUGUAUGCAGAGCUGCAGCUGUGGUUUUGGGUCAGCCUCGUGCCAUGGUCCCCGAUGACAUCCCCCGACUCAGUGCACUUCCCCUGCACGAGAGAUCAGAUAUAUCCCCUUCACCUGCAGAAAAAGGAGUUGAGUCUCACUCUGACCCAGAAAGCCCUGUUUUACAAGAACACAGGACACCCAAGUUUCGUCGUGGUAGGGCUCACUUGUAUGGGAACCGGUCCCGACGGUGUGGGGAGUGUGAAGGUUGUCUGCAUGAGGAGGACUGUGGCAGGUGCAUAAACUGUUUGGACAAACCCAAGUUUGGCCUCUCUGGAUACAAGAGAUGUGAUCAGGUUGAGAAAAGGAAGGCCUUGAGGCUAAGUGGCAAGCUCCAUAAAGGGCACGUGAAGAAGCGGCGCUCAUCGAUAAGUGCGGGUCACUCGAGUAAUGAGGAGUGUGAGGGCAGUGAUGGGAUCGGACGAAUGUUUCCAGCCUCUCUGGGUGACAGUCCAUCUGUGCGGAAACAGCCACGCCGACACGUAAAACCACGUUCCUACUGCGACCUGCUGGAUUACGACUCUGACUUUGACUGGAUAGGAGGAUCGAAUUCCACCUCCCCAGCCCGCAGAAGAACUCCUGGCCUUCGCAACUCAGGUUCGACUGUACUCUUGCCAGAGGGUAGAAUCACUGCCACAAAGAGACAGAGACGAAAACCAAAAGAGCGGCUUGAAAAUGCCUGUCCCAACAAGACUGAUGCUUCUCCAGAGCAGAGCUGCAGCUGUGGUUUUGGGGUCAGCCUCGUGCCAUGGUCCCCCGAUGACAUCCCCCGACUCAGUGCACUUCCCCUGCACGAGAGAUCAGAUAUAUCCCCUUCACCUGCAGAAAAAGGAGUUGAGUCUCACUCUGACCCAGAAAGCCCUGUUUUACAAGAACACAGGACACCCAAGUUUCGUCGUGGUAGGGCUCACUUGUAUGGGAACCGGUCCCGACGGUGUGGGGAGUGUAAAGGUUGUCUGCAUGAGGAGGACUGUGGCAGGUGCAUAAACUGUUUGGACAAACCCAAGUUUGGCGGCCCCAACACAAAACGGCAGUGCUGCGUAUACAAGAGAUGUGAUCAGGUUGAGAAAAGGAAGGCCUUGAGGCUAAGUGGCAAGCUCCAUAAAGGGCACGUGAAGAAGCGGCGCUCAUCGAUAAGUGCGGGUCACUCGAGUAAUGAGGAGUGUGAGGGCAGUGAUGGGAUCGGACGAAUGUUUCCAGCCUCUCUGGGUGACAGUCCAUCUGUGCGGAAACAGCCACGCCGACACGUAAAACCACGUUCCUACUGCGACCUGCUGGAUUACGACUCUGACUUUGACUGGAUAGGAGGAUCGAAUUCCACCUCCCCAGCCCGCAGAAGAACUCCUGGCCUUCGCAACUCAGAUUUUGUGUCAUUGGACGACUUCAUUGGCGAUGCUUUUGACGAGGGAGUGCGGCAUCGCAGACCAAGCUUUCACAAGGUUCCACCCAUUAAACGGAAAGUUGAGAAGAGUCCUCAGGAACAGACGCCGCCCAGCGUCCUUGCAGCCCUCGCCAAUGGUUUUGCAGAGAGAGAACAGGAGCCCGCGGAGCCCACACACAAGAUCCGUGUUGAUUUUAAGGAGGACUGUAGUGUGCAGAGCGUGUGGGAGACAGGAGGUCUGAGCAUCCUUACUUCUGUACCCCUCAUGCCCCAGUACGUCUGCCUGCUGUGUGCCAGUAAAGGCCAACAUGAGAUGCUGUAUUGUCAGGUGUGCUGUGAGCCUUUCCAUCGCUUCUGCUUGGACCCUUCAGAGCGCCCACUAGAGGAGAACAAGGAGAACUGGUGCUGUCGGCGCUGCAAGUUCUGCCGAGUCUGUGGUUGCAAGAAUAAAGAAUCCAAGCCUCUGCUGGAAUGUGAAAGGUGUCAGAAUUUUUAUCAUCCUGCCUGUCUGGGUCCCUACUACCCCAAACCCAACAAACGUAAGAAGCCUUGGGUUUGUAUGACAUGCAUUCGGUGCAAGAGUUGUGGUGUGACCCCAGGAAAGAGCUGGGACACCGAGUGGAAUCACGACAAGGGUCUGUGUCCUGACUGCACUAGGUUGUUUGAUCAAGGAAACUACUGUACCAUGUGCUUCAAGUGUUAUGAAGAUAAUGACUAUGAUAGUCAGAUGAUGCAGUGCUCCACGUGUAACCACUGGGUCCAUGCUAAAUGUGAAGGCCUGACUGAUGACUUGUAUGAAAUCUUGUCGAGUCUACCUGAGAGUGUGGUGUACUCCUGUCAGCCAUGUUUACAAGAGCUGCCUGAUGGAGAGGACGUUAAUGGAGCAGUUUGGAGGGAACUGCUCGACCAGGAGCUGAAGACUGGCUUAGAGAGGGUGCUGUCUUGCCUGCUGAGCUCCAGCUUCACUAAGCACCUGGUCACCUGCAAGAAGUGCACUACAAUGGGUUCCCUGAACACUGUGGAUGAACAUUUACCGGUCUGUGACUUCCGUGCCAUUGGAAAGAAGUUUGAUGAAGGCCUGUACACAUCCUUGAAAUCCUUUCAUGAGGAUGUAGUGAAAGUAAUUCGCAAUCACAUGGAAGAUGAAGAAAUUUUACCAGAGGACCAAAGACCCACGGCUCUUGCCCGCUCAUAUUACCUGAAGCUCUUAGAGGAAGUUUAUGUUUGGUUUAACAGUCAGGACCCUAAAAUAUGGGAUCCACUCUCUAAACAUCUACCAGCUGGGAUGCUUUCACAUGCUGUGAUGCCGCCAAAUUAUGAACAUGUUUAUGCUCAAUGGCGUGAGAGAGCUGGAUGUCAAAAGGCAUUGGACGCUGCCCCACAGAUUACUGGAAUACACAUGGAUGUUAAAUUGGGAGAAGAAGAGGAUGUGUCUACACCUUUAGCCCAUAACCCUAAAGGAUACUUUAUGGACACAAGGGCGUUACAGAUCAAUCUGAAAGGGAAGAAGGGUCGGCCUGCUAAAUCCGAACUGGACACAGGUUUGUCAAAAGACGACGAGAGACAGUGCGCUCUUUGUCAGAAAUAUGGUGAUGCAAAGGCCAGUGAUGCAGGGAGGUUGCUCUAUUUAGGGCAGAAUGAAUGGGCUCAUGUAAAUUGCACCAUGUGGUCUGCAGAGGUGUUUGAGGAGGACAAUGGCUCACUUCUGCAUGUUCACAGUGCUGUUGCACGAGGUCGUCUGAUGCGCUGUGAACGGUGUAACCGAACUGGGGCAACAGUGGGUUGCUGCCUUACUUCGUGCCAGAGCAACUACCACUUCAUGUGUGCCCGCUUUCGCAACUGUGUCUUCCAGGAUGAUAAAAGAGUCUUCUGUCACAAGCAUCGUGACCUUAUAAGUGGAAAAAUCAUCACUGGUCAAGGGUUUGAAGUACUUCGGAGAGUUUAUGUGGAUUUUGAAGGGAUUAGUUUUCGCAGAAAGUUUUUGACUGGAUUGGAGCCGGAGUCAAUCAAUUUAAUGAUAGGUUCUUUGCUAGUAAAAAAGCUUGGAAAGCUGAGUGAAUUAUCUGCCUGUAAUGGAAAACUUUUCCCCGUGGGUUAUGAAUGCUUUCGCUGGUAUUGGAGUACUGUGAACCCCUUACAUCGAUGCAAAUACACAUUUCGUGUUAGGGAGGUCCAGCCAACUGUUCAGGAAAAACCAGUGGAAGAGUCGCCCGAUCAGGGUGAAAAUUGCACAAUUGCCCAUAGCCCAUGCCCCCAGUCAGAAUCUGAAGCCCCGGGAGUGGAUUUGUCUUCAACUUAUCCUUCCACUGAAACAAAUUUCACCUCGGUAUCUGUCUUUGCCAAACCGGACCUUGGUGCUCGUCCCAAAAUCCCUUUAUACCCCCAGAACAGAAGACCUGCUGGAGGACUAUCCAGACCACUGCCUUCUCCAGGAGCUGCACCAUCCAAACCUCACCACAUCCUGACUAUUAGUGAUUUGGAUGACACUCGAAGGCCACGACGGCAUAGCCCACACACCCAGAAUAGUGGUACCCGCAGUCACAUGACCUCCCCUACUCUUGGAUCCCCUGCAGGCCCAAUUGCAUCUAGAGCAGGUGGUUCCCACCACCCUAAAACCUCCCAGCCUACCUCCCCAGUUUUCCCCCUUGGUGCUACUGAAAACCUGCUGACCUCUUCAUCAGCUCGUCCUGUCGGUCGAAGUGCUUCCUCAGUCCGGGGUUCUGGAAUAUUGACACCCCAUUCUACCUCAGGACUGUUUUCACAGUCCAUAAGGCAAGGUGGCAUUGGCAGCAACUCUUGCACCAACCGAUCCCUCACCUCUCCCACCCACCUCUCCACAAGACCAAGGCCUUUUGAUUUUAAUCAGAUAGACUCUAUUGAACUUCCGCAUAAUUUUAUAGCAUCACCACAGGAGCAUCAAGCUGAAAAUGGUGCCUUACCAUUAAGAGACCCUUUGGGUACACAAAAAGGUAAUCAUCUAGGCAGUGACAGGGAUUUCCCUUACACAUCCUUCCACUUAGAGGCAGACCUGACUGUGGCACCUGAGCUGAGAACAGAGCUUGAAAUUGAAGAAACCGAACUGAAUGAAGGUGUAGCUAUGAACUGCAGUGCGCAAAUUGUAGUUGAAGGUGAAGACAACCAGGAAGACUUCUGGGAGCCAGAUGAAGAGAAGUCCAUAAUGUCUACCCAGGGAUUGUCUUGUACUGUUGAUCCUUGUAGGGAAGACUGGGGUAAUAGUUCUUCUGAUGGGGACACGGAAAACUACUUCAACUUCACUCGCACGGUGGUUACUUGCAAGGCUCAAAGGGAUGCCUCUCAGACAUCUACAUCUCCAUCUUUAAGGCAGAUUUCACAACUUGAUGGUGUGGAUGAUGGGACAGAGAGUGAUACAAGUAUGGCUAAUAGUGAUAACCAGGGAGUGAAAUUGUCAAAUCAAGCCCAAAAGCCACACAAAUCGCUCAACGCUGUGCCUCAUGAACAGACCGCUAGCAAUGGGCUGUGUUUGGCAUUUCCAAGUCCUGUUUCUGAUAUUUCUUCAAUUUGGUUAGAACCCGUGUCCAACUCGGAGGCUGUUGCUGAUCAAGAUUCUUUUGGUGUAACUCAAACAUUGCAAUCAAACCCACACGUUGACAGUUUGACUAAUUUUGUUGACCUAAAGCCUUCAAACCCUGCAUUUUCUACAUAUGCUAAUGAUUACCAAGCUCCUCAUUUAGUGGUAGAACCAGAGACACCCUUAAUUCUUGAGAGAUGUGAUCCUCUUUCACCAAAUGCACAUUUCACUGAGUUGGUCCCAGUCCAAGAUUCUCUGAGUGACCCACCAGACUCUAAAGAAUUGUACUUGGAUCCUAAUAGUGGCCACUUUGUGUCAUCUAUGGAUGACUGUAGAGUCUACCAAAACAACCACUUGCAAGAUGAUUUUCCUGACUUAAUGGAAGUGAAUGGAAUUCAGAGUCUACAGGAACAAAAUCCUGUUCCUUCCACGGUGUUACUCAAAUCUGCAUCAUCUUCUGAACCUUUAUCUUCUGAUUCCUCUGCACACGUCCCUUUGGCAACAUUCCCAAAUCAGACACCUUCUGCAAAUGUUUCCUUGUUCCCUGUCCAAACUCCUGAGGGUAAGACGGUCUUGCCACCCAUGGAGAGUUUCAGAACCAAAUUACACCCACCUGCUGAACCAAGGCAUCCUGCCCCUUCAGUUCCUGGAGGGGCGAUGCCAUGUGUUCCCACAAAUUUGCAACAGAAACCAGAGUCUAUGCUGUCUGUACCAUCAGCCACUGGUGUACCCCUUGGGACUUAUGGGCCAGUUUCGGGUACAGUGUCUGUCCCGUUGCAUCCCACUUACCCGCAGCCUAUCGGCUCUACAACAGUUGCCAUAGUCUCCACCUCCUCCUCUGUAACUUCUCAACCAUCAGCUCAGUGCCAAGCAAUGCCUUCUGCCAUUCAGCCAGCCUCUGCUCCAGGUGUCAUCAAUGGGUACAACACCACACCUAUGCAAAGAGAAACAGCUCUAGGACGAACGAUUUCCAUCAAUUUUUCAACCCCCAGAUCAACAAUUGAACCCCAACAACAGUUGGUUACCCAAGCAUUACCAGGUCAUGCUAUUCUUACUGUAAAGGAGGUUGGUGGACCCAAUGUGGAUCCCACACCACAUGUUUUACUUGUUAAUCGUCUUGGUCAGAUUUUUGUCAAAAACCCUGAAAGCAACACCUUCCAGCUGCCAACUCCAAAUUCCCCUUCAUAUAACUGUGUUACUCAAAUUGCCAGCCUCUUGCAAAGCAAUGCCUUAUCGGCAACACUUGCAGCAGCUGGGAACUUGCCCCCAGUUGCAGGUGCCACCAUUCCAACCCAAGUCCCACAAAUUGUUACCCCAUUGGUACAGACCUCCAACACCAUUACACAGCUACUUACCACUAGUACUAAUGGAGCAGCAACACUACCAGCACCAGAUGUUAAAAAGCCACGUAGGAAUGCCAAAGCUUCUGGAGAUAGAGUGAAAAAACCAAGGAAUAAGAAGGAGUCUUCCACACCUAGAAGAACGAAGUCUGCUAGCACACAUGGCCCCUCUAGCAAACAAUCUACAAGUCAAAUAGCAACCUCCUCAGAUAUAUCUAAUCAAGCAGAUACUGCCCAAGCUAUCAUCAACCAAGCUAUGGCUGGAUAUUAUGAUCCCAACAAGACUGUUUCCCUAAUUCCCUCAUCACCUCGUAACAGUACCAUCACUGGGCAAACUCAGACAACAAGUUCAGUAGUUUUACCGGAAGGACUCCUUGUCAAACCAGAGAUGAAGGCUUCCCCACCAGUGACACCAGAAGCAGCACCUCGACCAAAACAGGUUCGAAUGAAAAGAGUGUCCUCUUUAUCUGACCGUAUUGCCACCAAGAAAUCAAAAUCUGACUUUUUAGACCUGGACCCUCGUAGUUUGGAAGAACCUCGCAAGUCAAACUCCGUAUCAGCCAGGUAUGGAGUUCGCAUUAAAACCCCAACCGUCAAGGGAAUUCUAGACUUGGACAAGUUGAAUGAAGAGCCAAGUAGUGACUCUGAGAGUGCAAGGCCUGGACUUUGGGAUCGCCUUUUGUUGCCUCGUGGAGACAGCAACAAGCCAGCAACCUGGGAUCCUGCUAACCGUAAUGCACUGUCUGACUGGAACAAAUACUCAGGGAUGCUGUCCUGUUCAGAUGAUGAGAUGCCUCCCUCAGAUGGUGAAGAGCAUAGUCCUCCCAGCCGAGACCAGCCCCACCUACGCUUUGAGAUCACUAGUGAUGACGGGUUCAGUGUAGAAGCAGACAAUGUUGAGGUUGCUUGGUCCGCUGUUAUCGAGGGAGUCCAGGAGGCCCGUGCUGUCGCUGGACUGAGGCAGCUCACUUUUUCUGGGAUGAGUGGGGCGCGUGUGAUGGGAAUGCUGUACGAUGCCAUAGUCUACCUGGUGGAACAGCUCCAGGGGGCCAAUCGCUGCCAACGCCACACCUUCCGCUUCCACAAGCAAGCCAGUCAGGAGGAAGAUCUGCCCGUUAACCCGAGUGGCUGUGCCCGCUCUGAAGUCUACCUAAGGAAGUCUACCUUUGACAUGUUUAACUUCCUGGCGUCACAGCACAGACAGCUUCCUGACACCGACCUGUAUGAUGAGGAGGAGGAUGAGGUUCUUCUCAAAUCCACCAGGCGUGCAACAAGUUUGGAGCUUCCAAUGGCAAUGCGCUUCAGACAUCUAGAGAAGACAUCCAAGGAAGCGGUUGGUGUCUACAGGUCUGCGAUUCAUGGAAGAGGCCUGUUCUGCAAGCGAAACAUCGAGGCAGGAGAGAUGGUCAUUGAGUAUUCAGGCAUUGUCAUUCGUUCUGUUCUUACGGACAAGCGAGAGAAGUAUUAUGAUGGCAAGGGCAUUGGUUGCUAUAUGUUCCGCAUCGACGACUUUGAUGUGGUAGACGCCACGAUGCACGGCAACGCGGCACGGUUCAUCAACCACUCCUGUGAGCCAAACUGCUACUCUCGAGUCAUCAACGUGGAGGGUCAGAAGCACAUAGUCAUUUUCGCUUUGCGGAAAAUCUACCGUGGAGAGGAGCUGACUUAUGACUACAAGUUCCCCAUAGAAGAUGCCAGCAACAAGCUCGGCUGCAACUGUGGUGCCAAGCGCUGUCGGCGCUUCUUAAACUGAAGAGCAGCACUGGAUAGUUGCAGUGCAACUGCACGGCAAUGGAGUUUGACGGGUAAAAACAGUGGAUCGAGGCUUGAUGGGUAAAGGGGGUCCAUGGUGAAGGUUUCAAAGCUUAACAUUCACCUCUUCAAGUCCUUCAGCAGGCACAUACAAGGACCACCAACUGUUGUGGAGCCAUUCACGCCCUUCAACCAGGAUUCCUCCCGAUCAGUUGACAUUCAGUCCAGUAGAGCAGAUGAGAUGGGAGCAUGAGUGAUGAUGUAUGGUAACACGGCCAAGGCUUUUUUUAAGAACAUUUCCCACCAUGCUGCAUCGUCUUUGCUUCAUUAAAAGUUUUAUCGGAA